CCUCCUCAUAGACAUAGAGACAGACAGACCUACUGAGAAGGUGACAUUUUGAAGACUUUUUGGAAACAUACAGGGGGAAGGAUUCAAUAUUAAGGAGAAUCAAGAGAAGAGUAAGUAGAAUGAAGUGGACCAUACUCUUGGCUCAUCUUUUGGUGAUUUGGACCAUGACUGUAGCUGAAGAUACAGUCCCAAAACUUAAAAUAAAAGUGGAAGAAUCCUCGGACAAGAUCAUAGUAACAUGUCUUGAUGGUUAUCAAUUUCAAUCUACUAAUAUAACUGCUCAAACAUUGGAAUACAAGGAUGAGAACACAAAUGAGUAUGUAUGCGAGAAAGACAAAGCUCCGGUCUCAGACGAAGACCAGGGCAAAGACCAGGUCAAAAUCUAUGUGAAAUUUCGGACCUGUGAUAACUGCAUCGAGCUGGAUACAACUGCGGCUGUAGGGAUGGUUGUGGGAGACCUGGUGGCCACUGUCCUGAUUGGAGUAGCUGUCUACAGCAUCGCCUCACAGCCCAAAGCAAAACUGAUCACCGGCAAGAAAACAUCUAGCAAAAUGGGGCUCAUCAACAAUGAGGCGAGUGCAAACGAAGACCCCAUUGGCAACUAUCAGCCCCUGAAUAAAAGGCGCAUGGACAAAUCUGAGUACAGCACUCUGCCAGAAAGGAGAUAAAGAGAAAAAUAAAAUGUAAAGCAAACUCUUUAAGCUCCGUUCGAAGAUCCGUUUCGGAUUGAAACAUAGUCAAUAAAGAGGUGAAUUGUGAGCUUCAAUGUUGUGCGGGCCAUCUUGUUCUUUACUAGUAUUCUUUAUCAGCCCAGCACCUAUGUUUUUUUAAGGUUGUGCGUAUGACCACACAUUGUUCUACAAAUAAAAUGUGCUCAGUGCUACAUUACUUUUACAAACCACAAAAUAAUUGUUGUAAUGCAUUGAGUGAAGGCAGAAAUCAGGUCCACAAUAAGUCCCUCAACUGUCCAUUUGAUGUACAGAGUCAUUGACUGUUUGCUCUGUUGCUUUGUUUAGUUUGAUCUACUGCUUUGCACGAACUAAGAUUUCCUUUUGGUACCAUAAACUGUAUUUGUCCAACUUCA